UUGGGCAUCUAUGCCAUUUCCCUGCAAAAGAGUCAGAUUUUUUAAAAUAAAAUAAAAUAUUUUUUUACAGGAAAAUUUGGGUCCUUUUUUGGCCAAAUUUCAUGCAUUCGUGAGUUUGAUCAAUCUCUCUCCUCUCUGUCUGUUGAGAGGCUGUAGAGCAAAAAUAGCCACAAGAACUCCGCCCGAAAAUGGCGGAACUGGAGAAUUCAAGAUUACUACCGCCACAAACCAUGCAAAACGAGGAACGAAGCUCAAACACAGACACAAAGAAAACCAAACUUCUGGGUUUACGCAAGAAUUUUUUUCCCUCCAGCAAUUCAAGCUUCUGCCGGACAAAUUUUCCUAAUCUUCUCAUUGCUUUUGCAUACACAAUCAAAUGGUUAUGUUCGCGUAGCUGCAUUUCAGAAAUUCAUAUUGGGAGUCGGAAUAAUGGACAAUCCUGUCAAUAUUGUUGUUGGUUCUCAAAUAUGGGUGGGAGAUAUAGAUUCUAUUUGGAUUGAUGGACUCGUAUUGAACAUCACUGGGGAAGAUGCUGAGAUUCAAACUAGUGAUGGGAGGCAGGUGGUUGUUAAAAUGUCAAAUCUAUAUCCAAGGGAUGCAGAAUCUCCUACUACUGGAAUUGACGAUAUGACUAGAAUGUCAUAUUUGAAUGAGCCUGGGUUGCUGCAUAAUUUGGCUAUCAGAUAUGCAAUAAAUGAAAUCUAUACUUAUACUGGAAACAUUCUUAUUGCCAUCAACCCAUUCCAAAGUAUUUCAAGUCUGUAUGAUGCCCAUGUGAUGGAGCAGUACAAGGGAGCACCAAUUGGGGAGCUGAAGCCUCAUGUUUUUGCAAUUGCUGAUGUUGCAUAUAGGGCUAUGAUAAAUUAUGGUAAAAGCAACUCCAUUCUGGUAAGUGGUGAAAGUGGGGCUGGUAAGACCGAAACCACCAAAAUGCUUAUGUGUUACCUUGCAUUUUUGGGCGGCCAUGCUGCAUCUGAAGGACGGACUGUUGAACAACAAGUUUUAGAAUCAAAUCCAGUUCUUGAAGCUUUUGGCAAUGCAAAAACAGUAAGAAACAAUAAUUCAAGCCGUUUUGGGAAAUUUGUUGAGAUCCAAUUUGACAAGAAGGGACGAAUAUCGGGAGCUGCCAUCAGAACUUAUCUUCUUGAGAGAUCACGGGUUUGCCAAAUAUCGGACCCUGAGCGCAACUACCAUUGCUUUUAUCUUCUCUGUGCAGCUCCACCUCAGGAGAGAGAGAGAUAUAAGCUGGGAAAUCCAAAAUCAUUUCACUAUCUAAACCAAUCAAAUUGUUAUGAACUGGCUGGUGUGAAUGAUGCUCAUGAUUAUCUUGCUACAAAGAGAGCCAUGGAUAUUGUUGGAAUAGGUGAACAAGAGCAGGAUGCAAUUUUCAGAGUUGUGGCUGCAAUUCUUCACCUUGGUAAUAUUGACUUUGCAAAAGGAGAAGAGUCUGAUUCAUCAUUUGUAAAAGAUGAAGAAUCAAAAUUUCAUCUUCACAUGACAGCAGAGCUUCUCAUGUGUGAUCCCCAAGCAUUAGAAGAUGCUCUUUGCAAGCGCAUGAUGGUUACACCGGAGGAAGUCAUCAAGAGAAGUCUUGAUCCGCUUGGUGCAACAGUUAGCAGGGAUGGAUUAGCCAAGACAAUAUACUCCCGUUUGUUUGACUGGUUGGUAGAUAAAAUCAAUUUUUCCAUCGGACAAGAUCCUUGCUCGAAAUAUCUGAUUGGAGUACUUGAUAUUUAUGGUUUUGAGAGCUUUCAAACAAAUAGUUUUGAGCAAUUCUGCAUCAAUUACACAAAUGAAAAGCUGCAGCAACAUUUCAACCAGCAUGUAUUCAAGAUGGAGCAAGAAGAAUAUGUAAAAGAGGAAAUUGAUUGGAGCUACAUAGAAUUUGUUGAUAAUCAAGAUGUCCUCGAUCUCAUUGAGAAGAAACCAGGUGGAAUCAUUGCUCUUCUUGAUGAAGCUUGCAUGUUUCCAAAAUCAACUCAUGAAACAUUUUCACAAAAGCUAUAUCAGACCUUCAAAAAUCAUAAACGCUUCACCAAGCCAAAAUUGGCCCGCUCAGAUUUUACCAUUGUUCAUUAUGCUGGAGAUGUUCUAUAUCAGUCAGAUCAGUUUCUAGACAAAAAUAAAGAUUAUGUUGUCCCUGAACAUCAAGACUUGUUAAGUGCUUCAAAAUGUCCCUUUGUUGCUGGCCUCUUCUCUCCUCAUCCUGAGGAGACGGCCAAAUCAUCAAAGUUUUCUUCAAUUGGCUCUCGUUUUAAGUUACAACUACAGCAGUUGAUGGAAACGUUAAAUUCAACCGAACCCCAUUAUAUAAGAUGCGUGAAGCCUAAUACUGUCCUAAAACCUGCCAUCUUUGAGAAUGCUACUGUUAUGCAACAAUUACGAUCUGGAGGUGUUUUGGAGGCUAUUAGAAUCAAAUGUGCAGGAUACCCUACUCAUAGAACAUUUCCUGAAUUUUUAUCUCGAUUUGGAAUUCUUGCACCCGAGGUAUUGGAAGGGGACUAUGAAGAGAAGGUAGCAUGCGGAAAGAUUCUAGAGAAGAUGGGACAUAAAGGUUAUCUGAUAGGGAAAUCAAAAAUUUUCCUUAGAGGCAACUUGAUGGCCGAACUAGAUGCACAAAGAACAGGGAUACAUAGUGCUGCUGCUAUAGUUAUACAGAAGCAUUUCAGAGCUCGAAUUGAUCGUAAAAAGUACAUUGCCAUGCGAAGAGCUUGCAUCCGUAUACAAUCAUAUUGGAGAGGUGUUCUUGCCCGCGAGUCAUAUGAAAUUAGGAGAAGGGAAGCAGCUGCCGUCAAAAUUCAAAAGAAUAUUCGUGCAUACCUUGCCAGGAGCCGGCAUGUGAAAACAAGGAUCUCUACAGUUGUUCUUCAGGCUGGUAUGCGUGCAAUGGUUGCUCGGAGUGAACACAGACAUAGGAGGCUGGUUAAGGCUGCAAAAGUUAUUCAAUCUUAUUGGCGUCAAUACAGAACCUCAUCGAAUUAUAAGACGGGGAAAAAAUCCUCAACCAGUUCACAAUGCGGAUCGAACUCCAAAACUUCUGGUGAAGGUCUUAAGAAGCAAAGGAUGGCUAACUUGGAAGAAACAGAGGAGGAUCUGGUUUUGCCUGCGUUGCUCAACAGCAGUAAAGACACCAUUGAUGAAACAAUUGAAAUGAUUGCCAAGGAAAGCCGUGUUUCUCCACAAGAAAUAGAAGAAGCAUACUUUAUUAUUAAAGAACCUGGUAGUCCGGUUAAAGAUGCAGAUAAGAUGGUCACUCUCAGAGCCGAAGUGGCUAAUCUAAAGGCCAUGUUGCAGGCUGAAAAGCAAAGGGCUAAUGAGUGUGAAAGGAAGUAUGUUGCAACACAGAGAGCAAAUGAGGAAGGACGUAGAAAACUAAAAGAAACCGAAAGGAAGGUGCAUCAACUUCAGGACUACAUAAACAGGAUGAUACAUUGCAUGUCAAACCAAAUAUCGGAGAUGAAAAUGAUCGUGGGUACUUCUAGGUUAGAUGCAUCUAGUUCUUUUCCGAAUGAGGUUCUGACGGAUGCCACAUCUAGUUGCUCUGAUUCAUCAUCAGAAGACUUCACCUUUCCUGUUCCAGGUCCAUCUACGCCAACUUUCUCUUCAUUCGGUACCAACACUUUUCAGCUGAUUGUGCAGGAUAUUUCAGCUGCAGAAAUUCCAGGAUCUGACAAUGACAGGGAAGGGGGAUUCUCUGACUACUUCUAAUGCGACCUCCUGUACAUUUCUUCUUCCCUUCAAAAUAUAUUAACUACUAUAUAUUACUUCAAAUAUUAUUAGGAAAUUUGUCACAGAGUUUCUCAGUUUUCAAGGCAUUUUAGCAUAGCAUCUACAUCCAAAGGAACAAAGAAUAGUAGAUAAGUUAACUGCACAGAGAUUCAACUACCAGAAAACCCUUCUGGCCUUUUAGUUACUUUUUUUUCCUAUCUUUUAUUUACACAUUGAAAUGCUUAGAUCAUUAGUCACUAAUAUUCUAUAUUGAUCAUCAGUUUCACUAACUUCAUUCUUCAUGAUACUGUCAAUUAUUCUGACAAUAGACCAUUAGUUUGGAAAUUGCUGUAUUUUUAAGAUUAGUCAAACCAUUGAAAAAUAAUAUUUGUACCACUCUACAUUUUUCAUUGUAGGUUACACAUACACUGAAUUUUGUUGUACUGAAAGUUGUUAAUAGUAGUGAAUACUUUUAACACCAUACUUUUGUUUAUGUAAA